AUGAGCCUUGAUCCAGGUGCUUUUCCGAGGUCGGACUCCCCCGCAAGCUCCGAGAGCUCCCUGACGCGCUCCCGGCUACAAGGCAAAGAAGGUUCCGUCAAGAAAGACAAAAACUACCGCCGAUAUGCCUCCAGCGUCGAACGAGCCCUCUCCCUUUUCGAUAACGCUCUACAGGAAUGGGCAGAUUACAUCUCUUUUCUCAGUCGCCUAUUGAAGGCGCUCCAAACCCACCCGCCCGACCAACCAGUUGUCCCUCAUAAAGUGCUAGUAUCCAAGCGACUCGCCCAAUGUUUGAAUCCAUCAUUGCCUUCGGGCGUGCACCAGAAGGCCCUCGAAGUCUACACAUACAUAUUUGGAUUGAUUAAGCUUGAGGGGUUGUCGCACGACCUACCUUUGUAUCUCCCUGGCCUUGCGCCUACCUUGACAUUCGCUUCCUUGACAGUUCGACCACUGUUUCUAUCUUUGGUUGAGGGCUAUGUUGUUGAUCUGGAGCCGUGGGCCAUUCGGCCUGCUUUGAAGUCUAUCAUUCUUGCCCUACUUCCGGGUCUCGAAGAGGAGACAAGUGAUGACUUUGAGCCCACACUGCGCACGAUCAACAAGCUUAAGGAUGCUGCCGGCCGCCUUGAGACCCAAAGAACAGCCGAAGCCGGGGCAUCAGGACAGUACUUUUGGCAAUGUCUCUUCUUGGCCUCCAUAACCAACCCCAGCCGGCGACUCGGUGUCCUCGCAUAUCUGAACCGAUAUCUCCCAAAACUGGGUGUUUCAGAUCGCCGAUCGAGUACGACCGCUGCAAAUGAUCUUCCUGAUACCCCACCCGAGAUGCUCGCCGCAGCAGACUCGGUCAUUCUUCCAGAGCCUGGGCUCCUGAUUCGUUGCAUUGCAUCGGGCUUGUCUGACGACCAGCUCCUUGUGCAGCGUAAUUUCCUCGAUCUACUUGUCACACAUCUUCCACUGAGCUCUCCCAUCUUACAAAAUAAGAUUGCUCCCAGUGAUCUCCGAACCUUGGUAAUUGCGGCAGUAGGAGUAGUCACUCGACGAGAGAUGGGCUUGAACCGCCGGCUCUGGGCUUGGUUCCUGGGACCAGACUCCCCCAACGAGACCUCUUCCAUGGAUGAUCGGAAGCUCUCCUCGGAUACCUCCAGAUCAGCCUCUGCUGGGGGCCAGGGACUCACUCAAUCACAGUACUUUAGCCGUGUGGGCUUGCAGCCUUUGGUUACUGGCCUCCUAGAAAUGAUCAGCCAAGCGCCCAGUCUCCCAUCUGACAGAACUAAGCCUUUCCGCAUAGCAUUGUCGCUAAUGGAUCGCUGGGAGAUUGGAGGAUACAUUGUCCCUGCGGUGUUCUUGCCGACUGUACGCAGUGUCAAGGCUUUCGAAACUGAAGCUUCCAAACCCCACUUCGAAGAAGUAUUCCGCAGCGCAAGCGCCUUCUUCGAUGGUGUCGAAAGUGCAGUCAUCUUCUCCGAACUAUUGAGACUGGUCGAUUACCAGCCUUCCGAUCUGAACAGCGACGCUGAUCGAAUCCUAAGCGACUUGAGCCUUGCACAGUUCAUCAUUGAAAAUUUCAAUGUCCGUGAGGAAGACAUGGUUCAGAUCCAUGUUCCGUUGUUGGCAUUGUCUGUGCUUGUGAAAUUGAAGAAUACUUCUGUCGUUCAGGACUCGGCCACUAAAGGAGCUGUCUCGGUGGCCCUUAAUAAGGUUCUCAAGUCGUUGAUUGGCUUACUUUCAGAGCGAGGUUUCUCUAAGAAGACUGGAUCUGAAAAAAAUACAAGCACCGACGCGAAAAGUCGAGGUACUGAUGUUUUGAAUACGGUCCAUGGCUUCUAUGAACAAAGCAAAGCAAGUCUGGAGCUCCCGCCCCUUCCUUAUGCCCCAAGAAUUCUCAGUGAAAUGAUCAUUCGGGAGGCCUAUGAAUUGGCUAUCACAACGCUAGAAGCCCGUGACAACACCGUGUCUGUUCACGAAAGUCUGGAAAUUCUUGUGUCUUUGCUCAAGAAGCUUCCAAAGUCGCGCGUUCUGCGAGAUCGCAAGCUUUAUAAAGCACUCUCCCAGAGAUUGGAUGUAGGGAAAGACAAGCCAACGACGACCUCUUUCUCGGUCAUUUCAACCAUCGCUUCUACAGUCACGAAUCUAUUCUUCAUCCACGCUCCAGGGUUUUAUGUUAGCUAUGAAGAUGCUUGUGAUCUGAUUACUCCCCUGGUCAAUCAACUUUGGUGGUAUCUCUCACCGCUGAGCCCAAAAUUCCACGUCGAGGCCGUUCGUUGUCUGUGGCUCUUGCACUCCAUCUCUUGGAUUGACCAUCUCGUCGAAGCAUCAUUAACCUCAUUGAUGAUCGAUUCUUCCGCAUCAGGCUCUCGCCACAUUUCUGCUGAGCAGCAAGCUGAACGUUUCUAUGUCCUUUGGAACCAUAGCCACCAUAACACCCAUGAACAGCCCCCGAAGCAGGUCCUUGAUGUUGGAGGAACUCUGUUUUCUUACCAGUGCUCGAUGCUGGAACGCCCACUAUUCGUUGUGCUUGAUCUUCUUUCCCAGGAGUCCAGCGAUAGCUCUCAGAGCGUCCAGCUCUGGCUCCAGGAUCUGCCAAGCAUCCACAAGGUGUUCCACGUCAUCAUGUCCAAAUUCGAUGAGCUCUUUGAGCAUGACCCUAACGAUGCAGACCCAGAGAGCCAGUCGAUCUCCCCCGAGGACUACAAAGAAUGUGAUUAUCUAUUGCAGACUGCUUCAAACAUCAUCGCUGCCUUGUCGCAGAACGGAUGGAUCAUUCUUCUCACACACGUUUUGGGUAAUGAAAGGCGCCCAGAAAAGUCGAAAUCAGAAGACAAUGCAGGUAGCAAGAGUCUCCAUGCUGCCAUUUUCGAGGCUUCUCUUCGCGUGGUGAGCACGCAGAAGUCAGCCCCCACAGAAGUCAGCCUUGAAUGGGAACGCCUGCAGAAGGAUGCUCUUCAACUCAUGCGACAACUGCUUCUUGGCCCAGAGGCUGAGGAGUUGGUUGAAAACGGCAUUGACGAUUUCCUAGUCGAACGCCUGCUUGUUUCAUCCGAGGGUGGUAGCAUUGUGGUUCAAGGCGCCCUGAUUGAUGCACUCCUUGCUGCAUUGAAGGUGCGAUUCGCACAAGCAUAUCUGCCUCCACCUCCACCUCGGCAGAAGCAUUUGCGUGCAAGCUCUAGGGAUCGUCUCACCAGUCCUUCGCUUUUGUCCUUCACCAGCGACAAAGGCGACAGGAGACUCUCAACGCCCCCGGCUCCGCAGCCCCCCGAGAGACUGUUGGAUUGUCUUCUCAAGGGCAUCAGCUCGCCCAAGUCUCGUGAAAUCGUCGAAAAGUGGAUUUUCCUACUUUGCGAAGUUCUCCCGCUAUACUCGGGCUCAAUAUUCCAGAUUCUGUUGAUGCUUUCAGAAUGUUUCUGCCGGGAGAUACGAGCUUCCUACGGCAGGCUCCAGCUGUCGUUCCACCAAACGGAAGACUGGCCGCAAGACCGUUCUGAGCAUGUAACGAUUGCUCUCCUAUCCGGUCUUGAGACUUGUAUUGCAAAUGCGCACGAGCGCCUCAGAGUCGAAGAGACCAAUGUUCCAACUGUGAAGAGCCCUGAUCAACCCCAGGGCUUCUUUGGCAACAUGGUAUCCGGAGUAUUCAACUCCGAAGGCGGGCAAGGCCGCCCCAACACAGCCAAUGAUCGACUGACCGUGCUGCUAUGUUUCCAGGAUGCCGUUAGGCUGUGCUUCUCUAUAUGGUCAUGGGGCGCGGGUGAUAACAGUGGCUCUGCCAUUGAUUCCGUGUCCAUGGCUUCGUUCCAGUAUACCUCGCUGCGAAUGAGAAAUCGAUCACGGCGCAUUCUGGAACAUUUCUUCACCGCAGAAGCACUUGAAUGUCUGGAGACAUUGGUAGAGAUGUGGUCUAAGUCUGACACGGAGACAGCGUCACUGAUCUUCAACCUUCUCCACACGCUCGAUGGGUCAAGUCCUAAGAUAACGAUCCCAGCCAUUUUCAACGCGAUCUACACCCGAACCAACCCCAGUGCUUUGGAUCAUAGCCGCAAGUCGUCGCUGACUUCCAGCCUCACGGAGUCGGAGCUUGCUAGCUUCCUGGUGACCUACGCGCGCUCGCUUGAUGAUGAUGUUCUCGAUGAGAUCUGGACCGACUGUACAACCUUUUUGCGUGAUGUGCUGAGCAAUCCGUUCCCACAUCGGCAGAUUCUUCCACGCCUGAUUGAGUUCGCUGCUAUUCUAGGCGUUAAGUUAGAGAACACGACGUUCGGCGAAGACCGCCGUAUGCGAAAGGAACUCGGGGAUGUACUUCUGCGGCUACUUACAGCAGUCUUCACUAGUAAACCUUUGGGCCUUAGCCAAGACAAUGGGCCAUUGGCGAGAUCUUCCGUGGAUUACGAUCGUACUUCGGUUUCACAUACAGGACCCGACGACAUGCUGAGCAUCCUCGCGGUCUCUAUGCCGUCCUUUAUCACGACGCUGGGCGACUCCGACCGAGUUAACACCGCCAUCACCGGUGUCUCGACCAAUGUAGUUGGUCCUCUGAUUCGAUCACGUCUGUUCCCUAACAAUCUCAACCGCAACGUCAUGAUCCUGUUGCAACACAUGGCCAAAGUGCCUGCAGCGGCCAAGAUGUGGAAGAAAGACAUCUCCGAUGCGUUCAACGAUCCCCGAUUCUUUGGUUUGCAAAUGGAUCUGGUCAAGAGCAGCUGGAUGGACCUCUUGCGGCAGUGGGUUCUUGCAGACAAGGAGCGAUUCUCCGAGCUCCUCGUUCGCCUUCCACCACCAAGCACAGCCGGUAUCAUGUUUGGCGUGGGAGCCUCCGCAGCCCGCUUAGAGGCCGAUCGCAAAGCCCAGCUCAACCUUCGACGCAUUGCACUUCUCCUCUUGUCAGCAAAUGAAGAUUACUUCGUUGGAGAAAUGCCAGCCUUGGUCCAGAAAUUAGAGGAUCUUCUUGGCGCAACCAGUUCCUCCUCGCCGUCUGCCGCCACCCGGGCAGAAGUAUUCAUGGUCCUACGUGCUGUUGCGCUCAAGACCUCCGCCUCUGCCAUGGCGCCCUUCUGGCCCUUGAUCAACACAGAGCUACAAGAGGCCAUCUCUGCGGUUCCCCGCGGGUCUCAGGCAGAGCUAUACAAUUCCUACUCAUUGCUUCAAGCAUGCAAGCUCCUCGACGUUCUGCUUGUGCUCGGUCCAGACGACUUCCAACUCCUCGAGUGGCUGUUUGUUACCGACACUAUUGAUGCAGUAUACCCACCGGAUCGCUGGGAACCGGUUGCACUCGCAGACGAGGUUUCUCAAAGCUUUGGCCCUCGGAUCGCGGGUUCACCCACUGUGACCGAGACCAACGAGCCCCCAGCUCGCAGUAAUCUGAAGCGACCGUGGCUUCUCUCCGACUGGAUCCGGGAGACGGCCAAGGAUGAAAUCGUGGAGCGUGUUCUGCGCCCGUUCUUUGAUCGCUUGAGCAUCUUUGUGUUUGAGAGCACGUAUGGCAUGGGUAGUGUAGAUUUCACCGUGUGUCGGGAUGAUCUUUUAGCAGAUCUGUUCAACGAGAGUACGAUGGCGAAUUAG